ACCAAUCUCACAAUCAGUAGUAGUUUUCUGUGUUCGAAUUAAUAAUGGGCAGAAACCAGACGUCGCGUCAUAGUCAUCUGAUUAGAAACUAGAAGAUCCAUGAACAGGAAAACCAUGGACUAAACCUCCACUUUUUGGGAAACUUAAUUGGUACAUACACGAGGUGACAUAACCAUUUUCGUCAACCAUGAACGAAAGAAUGUCAGCAAACUGCUUUGGAGCCAUCAGCCCAAUCCAAAAGAUAGCUCUUUACGAAACAAGAUCGCGGUUUUACUUGCUCGGUUCCAACAAUUCACAAACGAGAUGUAGAGUUCUGAAAAUCGACCGAAUGGAACCGAAAGAGUUGAACAUCACUGAUGACAACAUACUCUACUCAAAAGACCAAAUUAAAGAUUUGGUUAACACGAUUGACGGAGGAAACAGAAUCAAGACUGGCCCAAGAUCGACUGGCUCUGGAAUUUGCAAAGUUGUUUCUGCCUUUGGGAUUGUUGGAUUUGUUAGAUUCCUCGAGGGCUAUUACAUAAUAUUGAUUACCAAAAGAACCAGAAUCGCUGUGAUAGGCUACCACUCUAUUUAUAAAAUUGAAGAUACCGCUAUGAUUUAUAUUCCGAACGAUGGAAUACGGCACUACCACCCAGACGAGUCUCGCUACGUCAAAAUGUUUCAAAACAUCUACCUUUCUAGCAAUUUUUACUUCAGCUAUAGCUACGAUAUUUCAAACACUCUUCAAUGCAACAUGACUCCUGUAACUAACGACGCCCUGAAAGGGUUGAUGAGUGGAGACCAGAGCUUCGUGUUCAAGAACGUGCCCAACGAGCGCUUCAUCUGGAACUCGUACUUGAUGAAAGACGCAAAGCGCAUCAUGAACUCGGAGUGGAUAAUCGACGUUGUCCACGGCUUUGUCGGACAGUCCAACCUCAGCAUUUACGGACGCUCCAUUUACAUAACUGUGAUUGCAAGAAGGUCCAACAAGUAUGCCGGCACGAGAUUCCUGAAAAGAGGCGCCAAUUUCCUCGGAGAUGUCGCAAACGAGGUCGAAACGGAGCAGAUUGUGCACGACUCGAAGCUGUCCUCGUUGGAGCUGGGAUGUUUCUCCUCAUUUGUACAGAUGAGAGGCUCCAUCCCGACCCAUUGGAGCCAAUCCAUAACUAAUAUCAAACCAAAGCCGGUAAUCAGCAUCGACAUCCCUGAUCCUUUUGCAAUUACUGCAGGCAACCACUUCAACAACCUGUUCAUGAGGUACGGUGCCCCUGUGAUAAUCCUCAACCUAGUGAAGAAGAGGGAAAAGAAAAAGCAAGAAAGCUUACUCAGCGAGGAGUACAUGAAUUCGGUGCGCUACCUGAACCAGUUCCUGCCACCUGAACACCACAUUCAGUACACAAGCUUUGACAUGGCGCGGAAAAACAAGUCAAUCGGUGCAAACGUGAUGGGCUGGCUGGACGACAUCGCGUACAACGCCGUCUGCAAAACUGGAAUCUUCACCAGCAACGAAGUGAAUGGCAAAAUCGGCCCGUACCAAGAGCUGCUGGGAAACCUGGGCCAGCCAGGAGGCGGACUGUACGGCAAGGGCCGGCUGCAGUGCGGCGUGGUGCGCGUCAACUGCGUCGACUGCCUGGACCGCACCAACACCGCCCAAUUCGCUUUGGGCCGAAGUGCGCUCGGCUUGCAGCUCUGCGCUCUCGGCGCCCUGGACAGACCCAAACUGGACUUUGACACGGACUGCGUCCGCCUGCUCGAGAGCCUCUAUGAGGACCACGGCGACACGCUGGCGCUGCAGUACGGCGGCUCUCAGCUGGUGCACAGGAUCAAGACGUACAGAAAGACGUCCCCUUGGACUUCCCAGGGCAAUGACAUUAUGCAGACUGUUAGCAGAUACUGCAGGAAUACUUUUUCAGACACUGAGAAACAGCGCACAAUGAACAUAUUCCUUGGACUAUUUGUGCCCAAAGAUGGUGAUCCUCAAAUUUGGGAUCUUGCUUCUGACAACUACUUGCACCACCCGGACACGCUUGGAAAAGGAAUUCCUCUCAGAUGUCCUUUGACCAAGUGGUGGAGUGACGAGGUGAUGAAUGCGCUUCCGAGACCGUUGUAUGCGGUCAACAAGCCUAUCCUCGAAAUCUCGUGCGCGAGGAAAGGAGACGAGCGUGUGGACUGCUUCUAUGAUUACUACCGUCCCUACGAGCUGCACAAUUUGGACGACACAUUCGCCUACAAAAUCACACACUCUGUCAGGGACUUCAUGCCCCAUUUCACGACAAUUUACAGUCCCUUUGUGAUACGCGGUCGUCCAGGCAAACACAGGGAUGACGCCACCAAAAACCCAAUGAAAAAUCCCUCUCUGACCGGCAGCAGCUCAACUAGUUCCACAACCUCCAGCACAAGUUCCAGCUUUGAAUCUGACUCCGAAGGCGAUCCCAGUGGCGAGUUUGAAUUCAUGGAAAACGGCUCAAACAAGGUUGUGGUGGCUUUUAAGAGUCUCUUCCCAAGCAUGGAGGAGGUUUACGGCACGUGCAUCAGGAAACCAGCCCCACGAGACGUAGCACUCUAUGAGCAAUAUGUGAAGCCGCGUGGGCCUGUAACGUUAGCAGUGGAAUCCUCGGAGGUCGAGCCGGUCAAAGUGCAAGUGUCUGACGAGUCUCUUCAGAUUUACGAGAGCUAUGUGUCGAUGAAGAGCAAACUGGACAUCUCGGUCGAUUUGAACUCCAUUAAAACUUACCAGUGCUUCGUCAGAAAUCUCCUUGGUGAUGCUUAAAGGUAAAAAAAUAAAAACAAAUUGUCUUGCUCAUUUUAAAAA